CGCGAGACCGCACGAGAACUCCCCUGCAGCAACAAAUACAAAAAUCAAAACCCAUCUCUCGCACAUAGGCGGUAAAGGGAGACCAUGGAAGUGUCCAACCACAGCCUGUUCCUCUUGCAGCAGCUGAACAUCCAGAGGGAGUUUGGCUUCCUGUGUGAUUGCACCGUUGCAAUCGGCAAUGUCUACUUCAAGGCCCAUCGUGCUGUCUUGGCUGCCUUCUCUAACUACUUCAAGAUGAUCUUCAUCCAUCAGUCUAGUGAGUGCAUCAAGAUCCAACCUACAGACAUCCAGCCAGACAUCUUCAGCUACCUGCUGCACAUCAUGUACACAGGCAUGGGUCCCAAGCAGCCGGUGGACCAGGGUCGACUGCAGGAGGGCAUCAAGUUCCUGCAUGCCUACCGGCUGUACCGCACUGGCAGCGAGAGCAGCCAGGAUUCCGACGCUGCAAAGAUGUCCAACCUCUAUGGCAUCCAGAUAUCCUCCCAGUCGGCCACCAAAAACAGCCUGGGCCUGAAGGAGGGCCAGUCACGCAGCUUGGAGGAGGAGCGGUCCAGUGGCCAGGCAGAGCGCCCCCAGAUCCAGCUCUCAUUGGCUGUGGGCCUCGAGGGGACGUCGUCCGACAGGCAGCUGCCCAACCUGUGCGGCUCGUCCUCGGGGGCCUCCUGGGAGGACACAGAGUCCUCCAGUAUCCCACUGAGAGUAAAGCAGGAGAGAGUGGAGACAGAGGUGGCGGUGAAGCCUCAGACCGUCUCCCCCGUCCCGGCUCAGGAGAGCCCCAGCCCGGGCCGGCUCAAGGACAGCCCCCGCGUACUGUACUGCCACUACUGUGGGGAGCGCUGCUGCUCACGCCAGGGCCUGCGGGAGCACCUCUUCGCCCACGCCACCAGCUCCCUGCCCUUCGGCGUGCCUGCCGCCAUCUUGCAGAGCAACCUGGGGGAGGUGUCUAAGGCUGGGGAGGAGGAGCUGGAGGGUCUGGAGGAACGGCAUCCUCUGCAGGGCUGCCUGGCGGAGAAGAGCCCGAGCAGGCCGGAGCAGCCGGAGGCGGCGGGCCUGGAGGAGGCGCUGCAGCAGAGCCAGGCCCUGUCGGAGGAGCUGGCCGAACUGAAAGGCGCCGCCAGCCCCCACUCCCGCAAGAGGAAGAUCGCAUGCGCCAUCUGCAGUCUCCGGUUCACCCAGAAGAGCCAGCUGCAGGAGCACAUGUACACCCACACGGGCAAACACACCCGCUACCACCGCUAUAACCGCUUCUGUAGCCAGCUGAUCCAGGCGUCCCAGCACUUCUGUGAGAACCAGGCCGAAUUCACGGCCGAGGACGCUGCCAAGGACACUCAGGACAAUGUCAGCUCCUGCUAUUCCCUAGACUCUGAGAUCUCCCAGGAGAGUAUUGACACUGUUGUGGUAGAGUGAAAAGAAGCCAAACCCACUCCCUGGGGUGUGCUAUGGGACAAUUUGUACUUACUCGCCUACUUCUGAUGUUUCAUUUUACUCACCUGUCAUCUUUGUUUCUUGUAAACUUAUCUUACUGUCAUGUGACAUGAACUA